AUGGGACGCAAGAAGAACUCAAAAUUCGCAGCAGCAGCCCGAGCGCGAGCUGGUAAAAAAAGAAUCGAGGAUAUUUCCGAUGAAAGCGACGUUUGCGAUUGGGAUGGAACCGUGAACCACAAGUAUUGCGAAUCAGACAGUGAUUCCGAUUUCGAGUUUUCACCCAGCAGCGAAUCCGACUCCGAGGAGGAGCUUUCAGAGCUUGAUGGAGAGGAUUUGGUGGAAUCCAUCGAGGCCGAGAGGAAAAAGCUCGGUCUUCCGGGAGCCAUUGGCAAUCAUUAA